AUGAAACCCUGCGAGGUGAAUAUGCGCAUCCUCGCGUCUCUUCUCGAGCCAGCAUUAGCAACAACAGCGGCGUCACCUGCCACGCCGCCCACUGCAACACGGCAGGUGUCGCCAGCCACGUUGCCGGACACAGGAGGAGAGCCAGCAGAAGCCACAAGAGAAGAGGCGUCUCCACCUGCGUCACCAUCCACAGUACCAGUUGAACGACCAGCUGCACCACAAGUGGUUGCACCAGCCGCGUCACCUGCCACAACAGGAGUGGCCAAGGAGGCCACAACACAACUGGAGUCUCCAGCCGUAUUGCCAUCCACAACACAACUUGAACCAGCAGCUGCUACACACAUGGCAUCUCCCGCCACGUCCCCAUCUACAACACAUGUCUCAUCAGGCAUGACACAAGCAACGUCGGCAAAUACAAUUGAAGUGGCGUUGCCAGCCACAACAAGAGCAAUUCUUCGAGCCUCAUCGCCAUGCAAAACAGAAGUUACAUUACCAGCAGCCUAUCUAACCACAAAACGUGUAGCCUCAUUACCUUUAGAGCAGUUGGUGUCCAAAGCAUCGCCGUCAGCCUCCACACAAAUAGCAUCCGCCAUCCCCAUUGCCUGCUACAGGAUGCAUCCUAUCACCAGUCCUGUUGCCAGAUUCAGCACACGCUGUGCCACCAAUCCUGCUGCCCGAUUCAGCACACGCUGUGCCACCAGUCCUGCUGCCAGAUUCAGCACACACAGUGUCACCAGUCCUGCUGCCAGAUUCAGCACACACAGUGUCUCCAGUCCUUUUGCCAGAUUCAGCACACGCUGUGCCACCAGUCCUGCUGCCCGAUUCAGCACACGCUGUGCCACCAGUCCUGCUGUCAGAUUCAGCACACGCUGUGCCACCAGUCCUGCUGCCCGAUUCAGCACACGCUGUGCCACCAGUCCUGCUGUCCGAUUCAGCACAUGCAGUGUCACCAGUCCUGCCUCCAGAUUCAGCACACGCUGUGCCACCAGUCCUGCUGCCAGAUUCAGCACACGCAGUGUCACCAGUCCUGCUGCCAGAUACAACACGCGUUCUGUCACCAGUCCUGCUGCCAGCUACAACAUGAUUCGUGUCGCAAGAUUCUGA